UGACAUCACAAUCGUCUCCAGAUGGGGCGGGGACCGCCCCUCCCUCACUUCCUCCCUCCCUCCUUCCCUCCCUCGGUUCUCACCCCCUUCCUCCCUCCCUCCCUCCUCCCCUCCCUUCCCCUACUCUGGUGCCCGCCCCUUGUGCCUUAAGGGCUGGGGAGCUCCUCGGGCCGCGGGACGGCGAGGAUCCUGUGCAAAUGAGCAUCACCUAUAUAAACAGGUUACCCAGCUGGGAGAGAGGACGUCCGCUGGCUGGUGUGGCAUCCAGCACUGAUGCGUCCAUCCUCUCAUCUGAAGGUGAGUGCAAGGAGACAGACACGUGCUGCUGCAAACACAAGCAGUGCACGGCGCACAUCAUCCACCCUUUCUCCGAGUACAGCCACUGCAACCUGCACCUGCACGCCAUCAGCCACUGUGACUGUGAUUCCAGGGUGAAGGACGGCUCAGAAAAGGCCAACAGCAGCAGUAGCAGCAGCUCCCGAGACGCAGGCCCAGCCUGUUCCCGCGGCUCGGGCUCGGGCCCAGACCCUGGUCUGGGUCCGGGUCCAGGCUCGGGUUCGGGCUCCACCUGCUGUAACAUCAUCCAGACCCCUUGCUUUGAGCUCAUCCCAGAGGAGGCGUGUGUGGAGAGGAUCUGGUAUGGCUGGUGCAAAAGCUACAGGCCUGUGUCCGUGGCAGUGAUCCACCAUCCCAUACACCAUGAGUGUGCAGCAGAUGAUCUAAAUGGAGAGGAAGAGGAGGAGGAGGAGGAGGAGGAGGAAGCAAGCAAGCCCCCCAUCCCAAGCCAGGUGGGGCCCACCACCACCACGCCCACUGACACGUGCACCGUCACAGUCACGGGAGCCCCGGACACGCCAGCACCCAUCACCAUCUGGCGGUCAGACAGCCCGACCGGGAAGAACCUGGGAGGCAAGGUGAUCAAGAAGGUAAAGAAGAAGAAAGACAAGGAGGAGGAGACGACGGACGAGAAGACGAAGUUGAAGAAAAAACCCAAGAAAGGCAAGCUGACUAAGAAGAAAAGCCCAGUGAAGUCGCAGUCUUCGCCUCCAGAUCUGACGCGAUCUUUAAGCCCAAGAGAAUUGGCCAGGAUGUCAGAGUCCAGCCCAGAGAGCCGGGAAGACCUGGAGAGUGAGGACAGCUACAACGACCGGGGCCAGGGUGAGCCCUCCAGCGAGGACAUGCUGGAGUCGUCAUCGCCUAAGAAGAAAGAGAAGAACGGCGCCCAGACCAGGAAGACCGGGGUGAAGACCACACAAGCCAGGAAGGUGACCAAAAGGAAAUCCCCCCCUGUGUCCAACCCCAAUCUUAGCUGAAGUCAGCGCAACCAGGGUGACGAAUAAAUGCCGUCAAGCCUGUAGCCGACCCCUGGUGCCGUCCUGUCCCUCCGAACAGGCCACUUGGGGGGAUGGGGUGGGUUCUGGGCAUAGCCAGAGCAAGGAGUGGCAGGGUCACCAGGGGAAGGCAGUGGUGGUAGUGGUGGUGGGGAAGGGCUACAGCAUUUCUGUGUAGCAUCUAGGACCAGGACUGGGGUACAAGGGCUCACUGCUCCUGGAAGCCUGGUCUAACUUCCUUGACCGGCGAUACCCCCAAUAA